AUGACAUACUCAGACUCAGGAGAACCAUUAUUGCUCGAAUAUGCUCGUUCCCAUGGAAUCGCGCUGGAGCAACAGGCAUUUGAUCCCAAAAUGGCCCUUGAUGGGCUUGACACACUUGACUCCCAGAUCUUAGACUAUCAUGUACUUAAUGGGCUUGCGGAUGAUGGCCACAGAGUGGUGAAGUUUACAAAGGCAGUUGGUUCCGAGAAAUUCUCCCCAGCCAGAGCCAGCUGCGAACUGUUGUCCUCUAUCCUCGGGCUACAUAAGGAAUACAUGAAUGCCAAACCUAUGCCCCUUUCACACCAGCUUUUACCAGACUGGUACAUGGCUGAGCAGGUGAAGAUAUCCUCGCCCAUUCUCAGUCAAGAGGCUUCACCGUGGCUCGGAUCAGCACCCGCAGCAGCCUCAUUGCUCGACCCGUCGGGCAUGCAAGUGCCGUUAGAGAAGCUCAACGACGAAUUUGAUGAAGGGCUAGCAUUUCCGAAUCAUUAUACGGACCUGAGGGAUGAGAUUUUAGAGGCAACUAUGGGUGAAAAGAUCGUAUGCCAUUCUGCAACAUCUUCGAUUAUACAGCAGAUCUUGAGCCAUGGAGAACUGCGAAAAUUGGGGUACCAGAAACCAGCCUACCAUCACCAGCUGAAUGAAGAACUAGGGAGCUUCGAGCUGCGUCCACGCACCGUUGAUAAAGAGGGAUUCAAAGUGACUAACAAUUCGAGCCCUGCUAAAAUACCUGAUAAUACCCACCUACAACUUUUCCAAGCUGAAACACUCAGACCCCUCCUGCCAGACUCCUUUUCAGCCUCUGACAGCGUUUCCAGCUUCAUGGAAGCUCUUGGGAAAGAGAAACCUUUGAACAACAGCAAAAAUUCGAGUACAAUGCCCCAGAGCUCCACCCAUUGCCAUAACAAAACCAAGGCGGACGACGGAUUGCAAACUGUUGGAUUACCUGUUCCGCCAGACAAAAACUCACAUAUAAUUCUGCUGGAUAAACUGCCCCCGCCUAGUGAUACCCAAUGGCCAAUUGUACUCUUUCUCUCGAUAGAUCUGCUAACAACUCAUGGGUCGCUCAUUCAUAAACUUGAAACCCUUACAAACCCGCCAACGCUACUGUUUCAAGAGCUCCCUACAUAUAAUACAUAUGUCGACAAAGGAUUAUCUUUACGAGAUGCAGACAUAAUACUCUCCCCCAAGGUAGGGAUGCUCUUGGUCACUACCAUGGAUUUCAUGCAGCUACAUCUGCCGGGACAUGCUAUCCAACUUAAAUCCGGUAUAAAAUUGAACUCACCCUUCCAGGAGAGAAUAUAUAGGAUUUGUGAGAGGUUCGAUGAGCUUUAUAUCUUUACCCUCCACUCUGCAGGUCCAACCGCUACCCGCCCCCCGGUCUCAGUGAAACAAAGUACGUAUGAUGCAAUGGCCUCGAUAAGAGCAUUCUGCUGCUCACUUAACAUGUACUCAACAAUGAGGGUGCUAGAUGUCUCCUCAGAUGUCACAAUACUAGCUCACUGGAUUGUCAGUCUCGGAAAAAAGCAUCAGAGCUUAAUGCUGGAAGGCAGUAUUGAGGUCAUUUUUGGCAGACCUUGCAGCCUGCCUCCUGAACGUCACAUACCAGAUUUUAAGCCUCUAUCCAACACCAUAGAUGAACAAUUUCUCACACAAUGCUUAGAGUUGAACGGAUUUGCUGCUGCCUUUGUUCUUCAUAUGUUGUCACCGAUAUUAGCGCAAGAGCAAGGAACGGAUCAGGGGUUGUUAGUUAUGGUGACCUUUCCACGCGAGAAGUCAGCUCCGUUUCCAGUGAGGGAAGCUCUUCUCGCAGGCCUGCGUGAACUUUUUGAUGGAAAGAGCAAAGGCAAACCCAACCUCAAAUCCCUGCUGGGAGAGCGAGGUUUCUCUCGAGUAAGGGAUCGCAUGCGUUGUAUAGUCCUCCAGCAAUUUGUGCCUAAUCCACAAGCGACAACCCGGUAUAACAACAUCCAAGUUUAG